AUGCUUCGUCAUCUCGCACCGUGGCCCGUGAUCGCCCGACGCGUUGCGGCGGUGGGCUACUUCACGCUGUCUCCCGCACGCUUACAAGCUGCGACCUCAAGCGGUAGUGAGUCUCGCGUGGAGAGCGGCACCAGCCAUGACACCAAUACUAGUGGCCCUGCGGCGAAGUGGCGCCGCCCAUCACUGGCUCAGCAACGCGCCCGCCGCUCGCAGCUGCCGCCUGCGUUUGAUGUCGUGCACUGGAACGACGAGGACAUGAGCCGCGGGCACCUCUUGCGGGUGCUGCACCGCGACAGCUUCGUUGUCCUCGAUUACCACCGCCAGGUGAAGAAAAUGGGGGAGGAGGGAAACAAGGCGGAACGUGUCGUGUCGGUGAUGCUGCCGGCGGUGUACACGGCUCGCUUCCUCGGUGUGCUGGAGGGUCGCAUGGAGCAAGUGGAGGUGCAGUCGCGCUUCACCAAUGCCGUUUUUGCCCCCGUCCCGGAGGUGCCGCACACCUUUAUCCUCAAGUGCACCUCGACGCGGCCUCCGCAGCAGCAGAAUGGCGGCAGCGGCGAGGGGGAAACGUUUGACUGGACAGUGAUGUUUGACGUUGCGGAGUCACUAAUGCUUCACCGCUUCCUCUCGCAGGCGCUGCACUACAACACAGGAUUUGCCCGCACGUUUGUGUAG